UCAGCAGUAUCCGCACCUAGGAAGGAAUUCGUAACUUCUGCCCUUUGCUUAAAUAAUUAGCUACCUACAUCUCUCCAUUGCCACAUUAAUGAAAUGUGUUCUCUGGCCACCCCUAGGAAAUGAUGUAUAUCUGGAAUGGCUAUGCUGUGAUUGGAAAAUGUCCUGAUUUAACAGAAGGCAUGUUGCAGACAUUAACUGAGGCAGAAGCAGCUCUGGAAAGAAGCCCAGCUACAGAAUUACUAGCAGAUGACCAAUGUUUGAUAAAGCUGUUAAAGGGUUUAUGUCUGAAGCACUUGGGCAAGAUUUCUGAGGCAGAAGAUCAUUUCAUUUACAUCCAUUUAAAUGAGAGGAAGAUAAAGUAUGACCAUUAUUUAAUUCCAAAUGCCCUGCUUGAACUUGCUCUACUAUACAUGGACCAUGGUAGAAGAGAAGAAGGAGUAAAGUUACUGGAAAGAGCAAAACAAAAUUACAAGAAUUACUCCAUGGAAACAAGAACACAUUUCAGAAUUCAAGCUGCCUUGCACCAAGCCAAAUCGGUCUCAGAAAAUGGAGUACAUUCUGGAGCUUCAACAGUGUCAUAACCUUUUCUUCUUUGAUGUCUGUGUGCAAACUUUGAAACAUUAUCGCCCUUCUCUGUUAAAUCAGUGGGAGAGACCAGAACAUGUGAUACCUAAAAGAUUUUGAAUCUGUGGUGACAGUCUGGCAAAAAACAAAACAACCUCCCCACUCCCACCCCCCACACCUUUACAAAAGAUUUCUUUUUCCAAACGUGGCUUGUAAUAUCUUUGUAAUUAAUUUUUAAUUUAUGUAUAUAUUACAUUUACUUAUUUGCUAGGAUAUGAACUGGGACAACUAAACAAGAAGGCUUAUUGGUUUUGAUCUGACUUGGUUAUGAAUGUAAAUUUGAAUUUAUAUUGAUGUUAUUGCGAAAAAGAAACACUUUUCCCGAUCCCUGAG